ACUCGCCGACACAGGUACCGCCGGCCGACGCCGCGACACGCCGUCCGCGAAGCACGACGCGAACGUGACGACUCCGUGACCGCGCCGUGACACUCCGUGACACGCCGCCCGGACUGGAUUAUCAUGUGACCGUGUGACCCGAGUGCGGGGGAGGCUGCUGACCACUGCUGACGCUGCCGACGUGCGACCAUGGAUCUGACAUCGCCACGCCGGUGUUCAGUGGAUCCACUGCGAAGGAUGGAUUAAAUUGCAGUGCAAGCGCUUCGUGAUCUGUGUGGAUUAAAGUGUUGCUGGUGUUGCUGUGGAUUGGGUGCCGUCAAAGAACUUCCCAGCGAUGACCAACGAUCGCUUCCACAAGGCGGCGCGCGACGGGCUGCUGGACGCGCUCAAGGAGGCCAACAAGAAGGACCUCAACACGCGCGACGAGGACGGCAUGACACCCACGCUGUGGGCCUCCUUCGAGGGCCAGCUCGACGCGCUCAGGCUCAUCGUCGGCAGGGGCGGCGACCCGGACAAGGCGGACCACUUCGGCAACACGGCGCUGCACUUCGCGGCGGCGCGCGGCCACCUGCCGUGCGUCACCUUCCUCACCAACUUCGGCGCCAACCUGUGGGCCCUGGACAUCGACUUCCACACGCCGCAGGAGCUGGCCGCCAUCAACAACCGCCAGGACAUCCUGCGCUUCCUGGACGCCGCCGCCUCCAAGGAGGAGACGGGCAACAGGAAGCGGGUGCGCGCGCUCAAGGAGAAGGCGCAGAAGGACGCGGACAAGCUGGCCAAGACGUACGCCAAGCUGCAGCGGCGCGCGGACAAGGAGCGCGAGCGGGAGCAGCGGCGGCUGCUGGACGAGCGGCGCCGCAUGCGCGAGGACAGCAUGCAGGCCAACGAGGAGGCCAGGGCGGGCGCCGUGCUGGCCGCGCUCAAGCUGCGCGCGCUGGGCCGCGGCUCCGUGUCCAGCAACGCGGGCCGCGGCGGCGACUCGCAGCGCUUCUCCCAGAUCGUGGCCGCGCCGCCCAACCCGUCCGCGGGCUCCGCGGCCGGCACGCUGCUCAAGAAGGCCGGCGCCGCGGCGGCCGGCGGCGUCCAGAAGCGCGUGCAGCAGCGGCAGCGCGGCCUGGGGCUCGGUGCGCAGCAGCCCGCGCAGGCCAACGGCGACUUCAAGGUGGGCCAGGUGGUGGACGAGGGCGGCAACCGCUCCACGCGCUCCCUCACCGGCCUGCGCUCCGGCUCCAACAUCCUCCUCGUCGGCUCGUACGAGAGCCCCGCUGCCGUGGGCAAGCGCGGCAAGAUCGCCGACGUGUUCGACACGGCGGGCGAGCUCGUCUCGGGGCUGAGCCGCUCCACGUCGCAGCCGGACUUCCUGCACAACUCGGACAGCGGCCUGGGCGACGACAUCCCCCUCGUGGAGCCGCCCAGCAUCUUCGACCGGCCGGGCUUCGGCAGCGUCGCCUUCAGGGCGUCCGCCAUCACCAACACGCUGAGCACGCUGCCGUCGCUGCUGGACAAGGACGACCUGGAGCACGACGGCGACGGUGGCGGCUUCGGGGCGUCCAGCGAGCGCUCCGACGGCCGGUCGGACGGCCGGUCGGACGGCCGGUCUGGCUCGGAGGGGCGCGCCGAGGACUCGAGCAUCGGCAGCGCGGGCAGCCUGGCCCAGCGCAACCAGCACGCCGCCCAGCUGCAGCUGCCCUGGGACCAAUCCGACCUGCCCAGUGAUGACGAGGACGACGUGGACCCGCAGUGGUCCACGGUCCAGCUCUUCCUCAUCGCGUCCGGCCUGCGGGAGUACGCCGGCCGCUUCAUCUCGGAGCAGAUCGACCUCGACGCGCUGGUCCUCCUGUCCGAUGAAGACCUCAAGACGUUGGGACUUCCCCUGGGGCCUCGCAAGAAGCUCCUCAAAGCAAUCGAGCAGCGGAGAUCGGCGCUGGAAAAUCCUGGACAGGUGCUCGACAGCCGUCUGUGAGCGGAAUCGAAUCGCACUUAGAUGAACUGUAUCCAAAAUAAGGGACAAUCCUUUAGUUAAAUAUUUUAAUUAUUUCCUGAGUGUCGUUUGUUUGGAGUACCUUUGAAGACCUAUAAACAAGAAAUUUUAUUUCUUUUGUUACACUAGUAUUAAUGUGUGUGCAUUAUGUAAAUACAGAAGUUAAGACCUCCAAGUGUGUACAGAUUGUGUUUUAAUUUGAGAUGAGAUUAUAAGUAAAAUGCAGGAACAGAUCGUGGGAUUAAGCAAGAAACAUGGGCUGUGUUCUUCCAAAUUGUUCCACAGUUCAAUUAUUUUUGACAAUGUGAGCAGCAAAAUAAAACUUAAAAUUUUAAUUUCAUGUUUUGAAGUAAGACCUCAUUGAACUGUGUGCGUGUACUUUGCACCUCUGUUGGUCAUUGAAUUAACCACCAGUGUGAUUAUUUUUAGCAUCAAUGACAAGUUGUACCAGAAUGCAUGAUGCCAAGAAUAUUAGGCUAAUCAAGAUGCUGUUACUAUUGAGUAAAGGCCUAAGGGGCAUUCUGUGCACAAAUAGCACAACUGAGACAAAAAAUGAGAGCAUCAUGGACCAAAGUUUCUCCCAGCAAAUUUUAAGUGCUUUAGGCUAAAGGGAAAUAUUAUGGUUGACUAAUUUAUUCAGUUUUGAUGUAAUUUUUUAAAAGUCAUCAAAACAAGAUAUGUUUUAAGUUGUGCCAUUUGGUCUCAGCAAGCUCCAUGUACAUUUAUAUAUGAAUUGUGGUCUAAGUCAGAAGUAAAAUAAAAUUAA